GUGAUUAUUCUGUAUAUAAUACUCUAUGGUGAGGACCACCCAUGUCCGUUACUUUUAAAUUAAUUUCAAUAAUAUAAAUAAGUAUUAAUUUUGGAUACUUCAGAAUAAAUUAUUAUAAAAAUGUAUGGAUUGGAUUUGUCUGGGCUCGAAAUCAUCUAUAGAAAUGAACAACUUAUGUAUUUCAUAUGCAAAAAAGGUGAUAACAUUUUCGUAGUCAAUGCUGCCAUUACUUGUGCUUAUUAUGGCUUAUUGCUACCCAAACUUCGAAAUUACAAUAUUGACGAGACUCUAUAUCACAUCCACAAACCAAUGGUUGAUGAUAAUAAAAUUGUAUUGUCUUUGUGUCAUAAAAAGUACCCUAAAUUCUUAGAAAAAAAUUGGCAAAAAUGUAAUGCCAGUAACAACUACCUUGAAAUGAUUCCUAGAUUCAGAUUGGGAUGCAAAGAUUUGUUGGUAGUUUCCAAGAUGUAUGAAUCUGUUAAAGACACCAUAACUCCUGAAGUUGACCUUAGUCAGUUCAUAUUAACUUAUAUCAACAAAAUUCUUUCAGAUAUAGAAAUUGACCCAAAACAACUACCAAAUUGUCAGAUUCAACAACUACCAGAAAUUAUAUGUUCGACUAUUUCCCAAAAUAAAUGUAUUAGAGUUCGUGGAGAUAUGUACAGAGAUUUUCCUUAUUGGAGCUUUGGGACAUUCUGGUCUCCACAUAAUGAGGUGAUGAUUGGUUUUCUCUUUGUUCAUCCGAAAGUUGGAACUAUUUGUUUUAGGGAUUCUGAUUCUACAAUAGGUUGUAUCAUUGUUAAAAAUGUCAGUGAAGACUUAAUGGAUAUUAUGAAUAAGCCAGUUUAUAUUGAGAAAUAUUGUAUAUUUUCGGAGAUCUUCAAUCCGAACAAUAAGGUCAAUCUAGAAUAUCUAUUUUUGAAUUUUAAGGAUAUCUAUGUUUUGGGUAAAAAAAGGAAAAGGGAUGAGUGCAAUGUUUCAAAUUUGAAAUUUCAAAUGACUUUUCACCUAUUGAGUAAGAGUUAUAUUACUUACUCUUCAGAAAAAGGAUUUCAUUUUUGGGUUGAAGUGACGAAUAUCAAGGAAUACAAAAGUAGUGUUGCAAGGUGCUUUUUGUGCCUACCUGAGCAGUUGAUAGAACAUUGGCCUCUGUUGGAAGUUUCUUAUACUUAUACGAUAAAAUUUGCCAAAGAACUGAUAAAUAUAAGAGAUUCUGAAUAUAUUAGAGUCAAUCCUAGACUGCCCCAAUUUUUUUUGAGGUCCGAUAAUUCCGUUGAGUUGAUUCCCUGUAGAAAAUAUAAUCAACAGGAAAAAUUGCCUUUCUUGAACUCCGAAACUAUCCCGGAUAUAUUAAAAACAACUGGUCCUGUGAACUUUCAAGCUGUCCUUAAGUUCAGGAAGUUCAACCCGAAUAACAGCUCAAGAACAAUGGCUUUGAAUAUUCCCCCCGUGUUUGGUACAAUCGGUGAGAAGACUCACAUCCUAGACUUCCAAGUGGACGGAGUAAAGACCUUGACUCUCUACCUGAACAACUGGGAACGGAUGGCAACUCCAGUUGGGCUUCUACCCGGAGUUUUGGUGAAUGUGAGGAAUGUUAUGGUCCAAAAAACCUAUUGUAAGUCUACAGCUCUCACAUCAUUGGAAGUGGUUGACUACAAACCCCCUUGUAGGUUCCAAACAGCCAGACUUUUAACAGAGGACGACUGGGGGACUCCGUAUUAUUUUGGAGGUCCUAACAGCAUUCCUAACGGUGUAUUGGUGCACUGUACCGUUGAGAGUUAUAAGGUCAUCAAGUUGUUUGUGAAAAGAAGCUGUGUUCGAUGCUCUUACAGGUCAAGGAUGAAGGGAACGAGUUGUGUUGAAUGUAACGGUGACAUGGAAACCACUUGUGAAUUGCUAGUGACAGCAAGGGACAGUAUGGGCCCCUCUAAAAUCACUAUUAAUAAAUUGGACAUGGUUAAGGUCUUUUUGGGAAUUGAAAAUAACUUUUGGUCCAUUUGGCUCGACACAUUUCAAUUAGUGGGACAAUAUCAGUUUCAAAGGUACGGUAAUUAUGUGAACUACGCUUUGAGUGCUGAGCAAUUGAAAUUUGUUAAAAUGAUGAACCAUGUUGUUAAGUUAGGGGAAUGUAAGCUGAGGCGUAAGCUUCAUUUGUUGUGUAGGAAAUUGGACAACUCGAGAAACCACAAUAAAGAUGAACCCCUGUGGUACGGCUUGAAAGUGAAGGAGUUUUCGUAGAUUAUUUUUGUUGAUUUUUACAGUUUGUUCAUACGUAGAGGUUGAUUCCCCCAACUGUUUCGUUAAAGUUUUAUGUAGAACUAAGAGAGAUGCCAAUCUGAAAUUUACUUGUAGGUUGGCUUUUAUGAUCUACUCUUGCUAAAGUCAGGCCCAGGCUAGUCAUAAGUUUUUUCAAACAAAUAUGAAUAUUUAUAUUUAUUUCAAGAUUAAUAAAAAUUAUUG